AUGUAUAAAUAUCUCACUAUUAUUGUAUCGCUGUCUAUUCAUACGUUAUCACGUGAAAUCUCCUGCUUUCUAUCUAUCUAUCUAUCUAUCUAUCUAUCUAUCUAUCUAUUUGUUUGUAUCUAUCUCAGUUAUUUGUUCAUAUCUAUCUAUCUAUCUAUCUAUCUAUCUAUCUAUCUAUCUCUACGUAUCUAUCUCAAUCCGUCUAUAUCUAUCUAUCUAUUUGUACGUAUCUAUCUCAAUCUGUUUCUAUCUAUCUAUCUAUCUAUCUAUCUAUCUAUCUAUCUAUCUAUCUAUCUAUCUAUCUGUACGUAUCCCUCUCAAUCUGUUUAUAUCUAUCUAUCUAUCUAUCUAUCUAUCUAUCUAUCUAUCUGUACGUAUCCCUCUCAAUCUGUUUAUAUAUAUAUAUAUAUAUAUCUCAAUCUAUCUAUCUAUCUAUCUAUCUAUCUAUCUAUCUAUCUAUCUAUCUAUCUAUCUCAAUCUGUUUAUAUCUAUCUAUCUAUCUAUCUAUCUAUCUAUCUAUCUAUCUAUCUCAAUCUGUUCAUAUCUAUCUAUCUAUCUAUCUAUCUAUCUAUCUAUCUAUCUAUCUGUACGUAUCUAUCUCAAUCUGUUUAUAUCUAUCUAUCUAUCUAUCUGUUUGUUUCUACCAUGCUCGCAGCAAUCAUAUUCAUUGUUAUGCAUAUUUCCAUUUUCCUUCCUCUUAGUUCAGUCGAUUCGCCUUCUUCUUAUCCAUCUGUUGCUCAUUCGAUCCAUAUCGACAGCCCCCCCCCGACGCCCCCGACACCGUCAUAUCGAACAUCGAUAUCUCAAUUUUAUAAGAGUAUGAUAUUUGUGCCCUAUUUAUUCAUACCUUUUUUUUUGUCUUUCUGUCGGAAGCAAACGACUUUACAACUCUCUCUCUAUCUCUCUCUGAUUCAGCAUAGGGCACAAACGGUCGAUGCAUAA